GUCUCACACUAUACUCUUUAUUCAUCAAAUCAUCAUAUAUACUUUCACAUAAAAAAAAAAAAAAACAAACAAAUAUGACACUUUUUCGUUCUUCUUCUUCUUCUUCUUUAUUCCUUGUCUUUGUUCUUGUUCUUCUUGCUGGAACCUCUUCUUCAGCCCAUCUACUUUCAGAGAAUUUCUAUUGUAGAAAAUGUCCACAAGUUUUCAAUGCUGUGAAAUCUGUUGUUGAAGAUGCUGUGGCCAAAGAACAACGCCUUGGUGCUUCUAUUCUUCGCCUCUUCUUCCAUGAUUGCUUUAUUGAUGGUUGUGAUGGAUCAUUGUUAUUGGAUGAUACAUCAACAUUCAAAGGAGAGAAGACAGCAGCAGCAAACAAAAACUCAGUGAGAGGGUUUGAAGUAAUUGAUGCAAUCAAGUCAAAGGUUGAAGCUUUGUGCCCCGGUGUUGUUUCAUGUGCUGAUAUCUUGGCCAUUGCUUCUCGUGACGCUGUUGUUAUUCUUGGAGGGCCUUUUUGGGAUGUGAAACUUGGAAGAAGGGAUUCAAGAACAGCAAAUUUCACAGCUGCCAACACUGGUGUAAUUCCACCUCCCACUUCUAACCUUAGUACCCUAAUUUCCAAUUUUAAGUCACAUGGCCUUGAUGUCAAGGACUUAGUUGCCUUAUCUGGGUCUCACACAAUUGGGCAAGCAAGGUGUACAAGUUUCAGAGGUCACAUAUACAAUGACACCGACAUUGACCCUUCAUUUGCCAAGUUAAGGCAGAAAAAUUGUCCAAGGCAAAAUGGCACAGGAGACAACAAUUUAGCACCCUUAGACCUACAAACACCCACACAUUUUGAGAACAACUACUACAAGAACCUCAUCAACAAAAAGGGUCUCCUUCAUUCUGAUCAAGAACUCUUCAAUGGUGGAUCCACUGAUUCACUUGUUAAGGCCUAUAGUCAGAAUAAUAAGGCCUUUGCUUCUGACUUUGUUACUGGAAUGAUUAAGAUGGGGAACAUCCUGCCCUUAACUGGGUCAAAAGGUGAGAUAAGGAAGAAUUGCAGAAGAGUGAAUUAGUUCAUGAAUUAAAUUUAUGAAUAAAGACACAUAAAUUCAUUACUUGAUGUGAACUUUAUGCCUCUGGAAAUUGAGAAGCAGUAGUUUAGUGAGUUUAAGCUGUUUAACAGUCUAAUUAAGUGAACACUAGUGAUUUGGAAAAGUGUGAAUUAUAUAAUGGAUCUUUUCAUGUGUUUCUCUUUGUUUAUGGUAAAGAGAAACACAAGAAUUUCCAUUCUAGUGGGUUCUUGUGUAGUUCAAUAUAUAAAAUGUUAUCGCCUAUCAUUAUAGAAUAAAAUAUUUAGUACAUUGAUCACUA